AUGAGUGCCUCGCUGUCAUCCUGGAGCCUUGCGACGGUGGUGAACUGGCUUCAGAAAUCUGGACACGACAGCCUGGUCCCCGUGUUUGAGAAGGAGCGGAUCGACGGUCAGGCUCUGCGGUCUCUCACUCUCGACCUCCUGAAAAAGCUGGAGGUGUCACAGGAUCAGGCCAAAGCCCUGCUUGCAUCCAUAGCCGAAGUGCGGAAACGUGAGAUGAGCGACAGAGACGAGAUGGCAGGCGGCGCUUCAACAUCGCUUGGCGGGGCCUACGAGCCAUGCAAAGUCGUGCUGCUCAUGGGGCCUCCUGCCAGCGGUAAGUCGACCUUGGGGGAGAACUUGGCCAAGCAUUUCAAAGGCAAACACAUUGAUCUCGGUGUCACCCUCCGUGAAUUUUCGAGUCGGCCUCCAGAAGACACCCUAGUCGAGGCCCUGCGUCAAGAGAUGGAGGAGGCAGUCCGCACAGUUACUGCGAAACCUGCCCACUUCGUGUUGGUAAAUGGCUUCCCUCGCAUGAUGGACGGCUUUCGGUUCUGGCAGAACCACUCAGAAGUGGUGAAGCCUUCCUUGGUAUUGGUUCUCGAGGCUCCUGAUGACGUCCUAAAGGAAAGAGCCGAGCAAAGAGGCCGGGAGGGAGACGAGAAGUUUGAGGAAAGGCUCGGGUUCUACAGGGCGAGCACGGAGCCGGUGAUCUCUGCAUUCCGCAAAGCCGGGAUCACGCGGCAGAUCGAUGCCACAGGGAGCCCUCAGCUUGUCUCAGGAUCUGCACGGUUUCACAUGCAACCUUCUUUGGUCUUUGCCUGCGGCGACCCGAAACUCUGUGGCGCCGUGUGCCGACAGGCAGUUGCAAGGCUGGGGACCCGCCUGAAGCACAUCAACGUCGACCGCAUCCGCGAAGCCGUGGGCAGCAAGUUUGUGGCUCCCGAAAUCUUCAAGGAGGUUGCGAUGUAUGGACCUUUCGGAAGCCCGAUUCUCCUAGAAGGUUUUCCACGCGACCUGGAAGAGCUCAAGACCCUUCCCGAAGACGGUCUGGUGACUCUGGAUUUUAACUCAGGCCUCGACUUUUCGAAGAGUUUUGUGCGAUCCUUCCAAGACGCGGAGGUUGGCUCUGUGGAUGCAGUCGUGAAGCUGCUGCAAUGCUGCCAACCCUUACAGGUGUCACCGAUUUUCUCGGCCAUUGGGCUUCUGAAGAGCUGGAUGGACGCUGCCCGGCACAUGCCGUGGUGGGAUUUCUCCUUCUUCCUCUCCGAGGCCCAGCCGAGCUACUUGACAUACAUGCGGCAAGAAUCAGCUAUAGCAGCGCGACACCCUGCUGGAGAUGCUGGCUACAUGCGGCCCUCUGUGAGCCCUCCGAUGGAUGCUUGGCUUGGUUGGUUCACCCAUCAGCUGCACACGGACGACUAUGCUGGCUUUUGCCAGCGGCUGGCUGGGGUUGGGCUCGGUGUGGGACCAUUGCCUCCGGCUACGUGGAAGGCAAAGGAAGAGAAGGCUGCAGCUGUGGAGAAGCCCAGAGAGGUUGCCUCUCAGAUCUCAAUGGAAGCAGACGCGUUAGUUAACGUUCCCACAGCCUUUGUCCUUGCCUUUGCUGCCUUUGAAGAAGCUGGCCUUACACCUCUCAGUGAUCCGAGAGCUAUCGUCUUCCAGGUGGACAACCCUGCAGCCAAGCAGCCGGACUUGAUGUCGAGGUUUCUCAAGCUCCUGCAUGUAUUUUACAUUCGCUUUUUAAUCAUCAUGGGUGAGGCGGGGUCAAAGAGCCUAACCGGGCCUGCCGUAGAGAUGGACUGGAUAUGGCACGCCCAUAUGACGCACCCCCUGUAUUCUGAAGAUUGCCGGCGCAUAUUUGGCCAUUUGCUCCCUCAUGUGCCCUGCAAGCCUGGAGAGUCUGAGCGGAUACGCAGCUCGCCGAAAGAUGCAGGUCGAGUCGCCAUGUCACAAUUAAACGAGCUGCUGCGCUCUCAGCUGCGCGACCUAGCACAGUCUCCACAUCUCCAGGACGCCUUGAAGUGGGAGUUUAAGCACACUGAAGCAGACGAUGCUGUUGCCCUCGGCUGCUUCAUUCCAGGUGGAGACCGCGCUUGGCUGGCGGAGAAACUGAGGUCAGCUGGCGGGCGACUUGGGCAAGCCUUCCUGAAGUCGCUCCGAGACCCAGGACCCUGGACCUGCCCAAGCCCAACACAGAACGGGUUGGGAGGAGAUUCCAUGAAGCUCAGAGUGAGUGUGCAGCUCAUGUCUGGCGAAAAGGUUCUUGACCGUGUCAUGCCAAAGACUAGCACGGUGGCUGAGCUCGCAGCCAUCCUCCGUCAAGAGGGCGAAUCAGAGGACCUGAAGUUCUUCGUGCAGGGCACGGAGGUUGCUGCUGAUGCUCGUCUGGGCGACACGCAGGUUGCCCGUGGCUCUGUGGUGCAGCUGGUGCGAAUCAAACGGCCACCGCCGGUGGUAACAAGACGUACAUCCAGCCCAGACUGGAACCGUAUUCCCUGCACUUGCUUUACAGACUUUUGUGAGUUCCAUGUCCUUGCCGCUUCUGGCCAAAAAACACGCAAGUUCAUGCGAGACCUGCUCGAAGGGGACAUGGUGCGGACCGGAUCCUCCGUUGAAAGCGAGAAAUACCGGCAGAUCAGCAGGAUUUGGCGCUGUGCUGCUGGCCUCACUGAAACCGUUGAGGUGGAGCCAGGAUGCAAGCUCACUGUUGGCCAUCCGGUGCGAGUUAAUGGCUCCUGGUGCCGCCCCGAGACCUGCAAAGCACCCUCCUGCAGCUACGAGGUUCUUCCAGCCCUCAGUGGGGAAAAGCAUGUAGAGAACAAGCUGUUCGUGGGUUCCCUACCCCCUGACAUCCAGAAGGAGGAGAUCGAGUUUGUCUUCAAGACGUAUGGUACUGUCACUGAUGUGCAUGUCAUCGCUGGUGACAGCAGCUUUGGCUGCUUUAGGAAAUCGAUCGCAGACCGGACAAGCUUGCGCACCGCGCUCAGGAUCCGGGAGGAUGCAGAGAAUGCCAUCCAGGUGAAUUGGGCAAGAUCAAGCAAGGGAGGAAAAGAUGGAGGAAAAGGCGGCGGCGGUGGUGGCGGUGGCUGGAGCAACGGAUAUGGCAAGGGAGACGGCGGGCACUACGGCGGCUAUGGCGGUGGCGGUGGCGGCUUUGGCGGUGGUGGCAUGCAGGGCGGCCUCGGCGAAUCUUGGGACAGCUGGGGAAAGGGAGGAGGUGGAGGCGGAGGCUGCUAUGGAGGCAAAGGCGGUGGUGGCGGCUGGGAUGAUGGCAAAGGUGGCAAUGGCAAAGGUGGUACGAGGCUUUUCGUAGGCAACUUGCCCCCGGAUGUCACUGAUGACCAGCUUCAGUACGUCUUCAAAGCAUAUGGCAACGUGCUCAAGACUUUCAUCAUGUCCGGGAAGUCAAAGAGUGGCCAAAAUUGCGCCUUUGUAGAGUACGAGCUGUUCGACGAGGCAGAGACAGCAAUACAGACUUUGCACGAGAAAUAUGAGAUCAAGCCAGGUGCUGGCCCGAUCUUUGUGAAGCGGGAUCCUGGAUAUCUUGGACUUGGACCCAGCUCAGCCUGCCAGACGCACGAAGAGGUGGUAUGUUUGGACACGGCAGUCAAGUACGGUCUUGACACGGGCUUCGGUUUCGGAGCUGCAAGAUUGAUCAAGAACGUAAAGUUACAAACAGCUUUCGGCAGCAGGGCUGAUGCCAGACGUGCUUGGUCAUGCCCAGACUGUUUUUUCCACUGCGCCCCUGCCGAUGCUAAGAGCAUAGGCUUCAUCCAAACAGUGUGCGCUAUCAUUGGGACGGUUACUGUGACACGUGCUGCAAAGCGGGCAAUGUAUCCCCAAGCACGCCCGGUUGAGCCUUUGUUCAAUCGACUUCGCAUGGAAGCGCCCUGGCAACUGUUAUGGCGGCCCAUUACCACCGACAUCGCAGCACGUAUGGUCACUUGGACCGUGAAUCAGCACAAUGGCAGACGCUAUACCAUGGUCGAGACGCUGGACCAUUUGGCCCUUAAGCUGGAUUUGCUGGCGAGGUGGAUCACUUUCCAGAUGUUCGGCACCCUCGUGAAAGGUGGCUCGGAGGUCAAGCAAUGUGUCUGGGCUUACAGGAAGCAGCAGUGGUUCUGCCUCCUGAUGGAGAAGCUACGAAUUCCGCUACCACUUCUGCUACCUAAGCCGGUGUUCGUCAUCGUGGACAAUUUUGAAGAGGUUCUGCGGAAGUAUCCGGAACAAGCCAUGGCUUGGGCCGACGCGAUCGUCCACAGCCACAGCCGGAACAACUACGCCCGCGUCAUGUUCGUGGUAAACUCUGACUACGGUGCCGAAUCCUUGCUAAAUCUUGCCACUCGUGGGGUGCAUUUCGAAAGAAUUUGCAUGGAGCCUCCCAAAGAAGACUGGAGCGCAGACAAGGAGCUGCUGAAGCAGUGCGGCUCCAAUGUCGGCCUAUACUGGAUGGUUCUACGGCAACUACGCAAUGGAAGCCUUGACCGAUGUGAGGUUGACCAGUUCGUCAAGGAAACCCGUGCUCGCUGGAAGCGAGACUUCAGUGUCCCGUUUCCUGUUUGGCCACAUCAGUGGAUCUCCGCUCGUUGGCACUUCGGCCAGGCGAAGUGCGAACUUGCCAAAGGCUUGGCCGAGCUCUUGAAGUCUGAAUACAGGACGCCAGAGCAGAAUUUCAUUCGCGUGAACAAGAUUCUGGAGGUCGUGAUUCCUCAGUUGGAGCUGUUGGACUCGACCCAGCUCUUCGACACCUCGAUUGGCGAAUGGACAAGGCACAGUACAGCCACGGGCAAAACCCGGGAAGGGGCCUUCACCUUCUUCCGUCAGGUUUCUUGUCCUGCAGUAUUUUGGCCCCUUCAUGCAGGUCUCUUUCCAACGAGGGCACGAUGA